AUGGAGGAGAAAAAGGUCAUCACAGAGUCGAAGACGGCCGUCGCAGAGCCGCCCCCAGCUUAUGCCUACGGCGACUCCGAGCCCACUCGCGGCACGCUGAGGGAGCGCAUCGUCGAUAGCUUCAGGCGCGACCCCAAUGCGCAUGUCACCCAUGGGGGUGCGGAAGGCGCCGAUGGAGCGGGCUUCGAUAUCGAGAGUGCCGCGCAGAACACUGCCAACUCUCCGCUGCAGCGCAAGCUGAAGUCUCGUCACCUGCAGAUGAUUGCCAUCGGUGGUUCGAUCGGUACUGGUCUGUUCGUGGGUUCGGGAUCGGUGCUGGCCUCGGGAGGUCCGGCCUCAGUGCUCAUCGCCUACUGUCUGAUCGGAAUCAUGCUUUACUGCACCGUCCACGCGCUGGGCGAGAUGGCCGUCCUCUUCCCCGUCGCGGGUUCCUUUGCCCACUACUCGACUCGGUUCAUUGAUCCCGCCUGGGGCUUUGCCAUGGGCUGGAACUACGCGCUGCAGUGGUUGGUGGUCUUGCCCCUGGAAAUCGUUGCUGCGUCCAUCACCAUCGGUUACUGGAACUCCCCGGUCAACAAUGCCGCCUGGGUCGCCAUCUUUUGGGUGUUGAUUGUCGGCAUUAACAUGUUUGGUGUGCGAGGCUACGGUGAAGCCGAGUUCGUGUUCGCCAUUAUCAAAGUCACCGCGGUCAUUGGAUUCAUUAUUCUAGGAAUUAUCAUCGACUGUGGUGGUGGUCCCGUAGGAGGUUACCGGGGCGGAAAGACCUGGAUCAACCCAGGUGCCUUCCACGACGGCUUCAAGGGACUUUGCAGUGUCUUUGUCAACGCUGCCUUCGCCUUCGCUGGCACUGAGCUGGUCGGUCUGGCUGCGGCCGAGACGGCCAACCCGCGCAAGACUCUACCGACUGCUGUCAAGCAGGUGUUCUGGCGGAUCACUCUCUUCUACGUGGUCUCUCUGACUCUCGUCGGCCUCCUUGUUCCAUACACCAAUAAGAAGCUUAUUAGCGGCAGCUCUUCGGAAGAUGCCCACGCUUCGCCGUUUGUCAUUGCCAUCGAAUCCGCUGGUAUCGAUGUUCUGCCGUCGAUCAUGAAUGUUGUGAUCAUGAUUGCAGUCUUGUCCGUCGGCAACUCCUCCAUUUACGGCUCGUCCCGUACCCUCGCUGCUCUCGCCGAACAGGGCCAGGCUCCGCGAAUCCUGGCGUACAUUGACCGUAAGGGCCGUCCUGUCUUCGCCAUUAUGUUCGCCUCUCUUCUGGGUCUGCUGUGCUUCCUUGCCGCGACCCCCAAGGAAGUCUUGGCCUUUGAGUGGAUGAUGGCCCUGUCGGGUCUGUCUUCGAUUUUCACCUGGGGCUCCAUUUGCAUGAGCCACAUCCGCUUCCGCCGCGCAUGGAAGCUGCAGGGCCACAGCACGGACGAACUGGCCUUCAAAUCGCAGGCUGGUCUGAUUGGCUCGUGGGUCGGGUUCCUCUUCAACUGCCUCGUGCUCAUCGCCCAAUUCUGGAUUGGCGUCUGGCCGUCUGGCUACGUUUCUUUGAGUGCGUCGAGCCGAGUGAAGGUGUUCUUCGAGGCCUAUCUGGCUGCUCCCGUUGUGAUAGCCUGCUACAUCCCCUACAAAAUUUACUACAGGACCAAGUUCCAGCGCUCCGCCCGUAUCGACCUGGUCACCGGUCGCCGGGACCUGGAUGUCCAGCAUCUGAUUGACCAGGAGAGGGCCGAGCAAGCCCAAUGGCCUGUCUGGAAGAAGUUCUACAAAUUCUUCUGCUAG